CAGGAUUUGCUUGUCCUCUUCUCCAUCUGUUCGACUUCACAGGCUUUGCGCGGAGAGAGUUUUGAACGACUCGCUAAAAACUUCUUCGCCUCUUUCGAUGCUGUCGGAUCGGAAAUCUCGGCAGCUCGCUGUUCUUCUGUUGGAUCGGAAGUAACCACCACGACGGAGGGUUCUCCAUCUUCACGAAGGUGGUAUUAUGCCGAGUCUAAAUCUUGAACGCUAAAAAUCUUGCUCAAAUCCUGCUUAAGUCCUGUUGCCAAACAGUCCCUGAGUGGGACGGCCGGUUGAGUCGGAUCUCACAGCCUCCGGGCUUAGGGUUUAGAGAUCGUAAGGAGCUGCUGGCGAAGAAGAGUAUCUUGUCACUCUCUUCAUUUCAAGGUACUUCUUCAUUAGAGUUUCUUAAUUUGUGGAGAAGCAAAGAGAGGCAGAGAGGCGACCAGCUCUUUUUACUCGUCGCUUCCCACCUUUUCUGGAUGAAGUGGUCAUCUGCAAAGGUAUUCUAUGUUCGUGAGUUGUAAUGGACCACAGUUUUGAUGCGAAUUCCUUGAAUCCAGACAUGAUAGACAAGAAGAGAAGUAACAAGUUGGCUUCAUCGAAGAUGCUUUCCAAUAUUGCUCAAAUCCGGCUAGUUAGUAAUCACCCAGAGGUCUAUGAACCAUGCGAUGACUCCUUUGCACUGGUUGAUGCUCUCCUAGCUGAUCGAACAAACCUUCUAAAUAUGCAACCAAGGUUUUGCAUGGAAGUGGGAUGCGGCAGUGGCUAUGUAAUUGCAUCUCUAGCCAUUAUGCUUCAUCAAGGAUGCUCUGCGGCACAGUAUUUUGCCACUGACAUCAAUCCUCAUGCCGCCGAGACCACCGCAGCGACACUCGAAGCUCACGGCGUCCAUGCCGAGAUCAUCUGCACCGACCUUGCUUUAGGCCUGGGAAAACGCCUUGCAGGAAUGGUGGAUGUUAUCGUCGUCAAUCCGCCUUACGUGCCGACGCCGGACGACGAAGUUGGUUGCGAAGGGAUUACUUCCUCUUGGGCAGGAGGCGAGAAUGGCCGGAAAGUGAUCGAUAGGAUCCUCCCUGUAGUGCACAACUUGUUGUCAGAAAAGGGAUGGCUUUAUAUGGUUACUCUCACUGCCAACAAUCCUUCACAAAUAUGCUCAAUGAUGAGAGAAAUGGGCUAUGCAUCUCGUAUUGUAGUUCAGAGGUCAACUGAGGAAGAAAGUCUUCAUAUUAUAAAGUUUUGGAGAGAACAUACAGAGAAGGGUUCACGGUCUUCUUGGCUCUCGCAGUUUCCAUUGUUGUCUUUCUGGAGAAGCAGUGGAGCUAAGGAAAGUGGGAUCUGAAGCCUGAAGACUUAAACGUGGUAAGGUUUCUAUAGAUUUUUGGCCUUUCUUCCUUUUGAACCAAUUAAAUAGCCGAUAAGAACAUUUUGGGUCUAUAAUGGUGGUGUUAUAUAGAUAUACUUCACAUACUGUUUACUUUGAUGAACAGAUCUACUUCACACACUUUUGUAUACUUUGAUCUUUUUAAUGAUGAAAUUUAAGAUUUACGCAUUUCUUCUC